CAAAUAAGCGGAAUUUCGGCGUUUAUCUUUCAGCGUUAGAGCGGCCAAUGGCGGAAAACACGAAUUCAUGGCAGUAGUAUGAAAAGGGGGAUUCAAACACCGCAGCCGCAGCCGCAGCCGCAGCCGCCGCCGCCGCAGCCGCUACGUACGUGACGUAACGUACCCCCCUCACUCUCACCCUCACCCACAGCCGCCGCCGCCGCAGCCGCUACGUACGUGACGUAACGUACCCCCCUCACUCUCACCCUCACCCACAGCCGCCGCCGCCGCAGCCGCUACGUACGUGACGUAACGUACCCCCCUCACUCUCACCCUCACCCACAGCCGCCGCCGCCGCAGCCGCUACGUACGUGACGUAACGUACCCCCCUCACUCUCACCCUCACCCACAGCCGCCGCCGCCGCAGCCGCUACGUACGUGACGUAACGUACCCCCCUCACUCUCACCCUCACACACAGCCGCCGCCGUCAAACGAUCGCGUACGUGUGCGACAUACGUUUUCAGUUAUCACAUGUUAUCAAUAAUUUAUUUUUAUCAGUUAUCACACAUUAUUUUUUUUAUCAGUUAUCACACAUUAUUUUUAUCAAUUAUCACACAUUAUUUUUAUCAGUUAAUAACUUAUUUUUAUCAGUUAUCAUAUAUUUAAAAAUAUAAUAUUAUGGGUUAGAAUCGAAUCGUGAGGGUAACAUUGUAUAUAUAUAUUUAAGUACAUGCUAAAUAAUAUACAUAAUCAUAUGAAUAUUCUCACAACGUAAAGUUCCCUCUUAUAUACUUGGGGAAAUAAUAUACAAAAAUGUACAUUAAGCCUUGAUACAUAGAUACGAUCUGCUUAUUGUCCCCGACCGGCCACCCACUAAUAAUAUUAAAAUGCCUAUUAGUGAAUAACACACACACACACACACACACACACACACACACACACACACACACAUUAAUAACUGAUAUACUUUUGUGUCUAAAAUUCCAUAUUCUCUCAUGUCGUCAGGAUGACGCCGACUCAUAAUGUAUAUCCUUAAACCAUCACAGAUCCAUAUUCAAUUCAUCGAUAAUCACACAAUACCUUGCAAAAACUCUACCGUCGCCACCCCCUACGUUUGGCGUCGGGUUGACAAUAAGAUACACCUUAUUUAAUAAACUAAAUGACUCUAUAGAAAUUCACACUAACUGCUCGUCUUUAUAUAUAUAUAUAUUCUGAAAGAGGCAACAGUUCUUCAGUACGUUUUAAGCCGUUGUACACACAUCGUCUUCGAGUAUUUUUGAGUGUUUUUAAACGUUUAUACUUUUUUUUUUUUGUUUUACCUUAAAAAUUAACAACAUGUUUAAUUGUGAUCAGUGCUCGUUGAUGUUCACGCGUAAAGACAGUUUGCUCAGACACAAAAUCAUACACCGAGGAAUUCGUUUUCCGUGCUCUGUAUGCAUCAGGACAUUCAGUCUCAUGUCAAGUCUUAAGAGGCAUGAGAAAAAUUCUCAUGGCAUCGUUCCGGCUCAUCGUCAGCCUGCACUGAUUGUUGCUCAACCUACUCGACAGAGCGUUAUACAGUUUGCGCCUAGCGUUGCUCCACAGGGAGACUUACAGAUUGCCCCUCAAAUUUUCGUCCCCGAUAUCCCGGCCGGUGGUUCGAACAUGUUAUCCGAGGACGAGAUUUGCAUGGCAGCUAUGGACGCAUUUGAAAAUGAAAAAGUUCAAGACGAUAAUACAGACUCGUAUACAACUACGGGUGUAAACGGCAAACGAGUUUCCACCGCCAACACCACGUCGGUUGCUAGAGCAAAAAAAGCGCGCAUGGAUAUGGUGAAAUCACCCGGGUUAGUUGAAAUUUUAUCGUCAGCGGGUCGAAAAAUCGUUUGGUAUUUCGCCAAAAAUUUGAAUAAUGUUAAAAAUUAUACCGACUUUCUACGUCCUCUUGCACCGGUUUUGUCAGACAUGCUGAAAAAUCAUGUUUUGAGACACUCAAUAAAAUUUAGUUUGAAGCUGGAGGCUACGUAUAACCGACCAAACGUACCUAAUUCAUCUGAAAAUAGAGCGUUUCAAACAUCAGCAGUUGAAGUUUUUUCGGGUAGUAAUAUUGCUGAGAUUAUUGAAAGGGCUUUUAUAAAGUUAUUGAGCGAAGAAGAAGCUUAUACUAGCAGAGGAAGCGGGUUUACCCUGGAGUCCAUAGAUGGGCUAUUGUUGGCCGUGUACAAAUACACGCCGAUGGGCGGGUCGUCAUACAUACCACUGCCUGCGUAUAUCGAAGGAAAACGGGGCACAAUAAAUCCUCAGAAUGUAGACCAACAGUGUUUCAAGUGGGCUAUAUUAGCCAAGCAUGUGACGGGGGAAAAUAAAUUUCGUAUCGGUGAGAAUUAUAAACAACACGAUGACAAAUACAAUUUCAAUGGUAUAUCGUUCCCAACGCCAUUAUCCGACGUUCAGAAAUUCGAAUAUAAUAACCCGACUGUCUCUGUGAAUGUGUAUGGGUUAGACAAAAAGUUCCAGCCACCGCGUAAAUAUCCGACGUACGAGGUAUACCCGCUACGUGUCGUUGAUGAGGAGAAAGCCGACCACUUUGAUCUGUUGUUGGUAGCAAAUGAAAGCGGGUCGCAUUACGUAUAUAUUUCGAAUUUGUCGCGACUCAUACGAUCUCAAAAGACUGGACAUAAAGAGAGUGUCGUAUUUUGCAAAAGAUGUUUUACCAGCUUUGACAAUCGAAGAUAUAAAUAUAAAUUGAAUGGGCGUGAGGCGUUAACUCAACAUAAGCUUAUAUGCGGUACACAUAAGUCAAUAUUACCGGUGAUACCGAAAGAAGGCGAGUGUCUUGAGUUUGAAGCAUGGAAGAAAACACAGAGACAUCCCAUAGUUAUAUAUGCGGAUUUCGAGACAAUGUUGACGAAGACUGACGAAGACAAAGGAGACAACACCAAAAUAAUACAGAAGCACGAGGCGAUGAGUUAUGGACUCAUUGUGAAGGCGAGCGACGACGUACCGUUAGAGUUGAUGGAGGAGCAUGAGAUAACGACAGAACCAGUGAUAUACAGAGGAAGCGAGAGUAAGACGGACGUGGCGAAACAUUUUAUUGAAACAGUGACCGAGUUGGCGAUAAAAAUUGAAAAAUUAUUGAAGACCAAUAAACCUAUAGUUUUCACGGAUGAACAACGGCAGUCACAUAAUGCAUGUACAGCUUGUAAUUUAUGCAAAACAACCUUUACAUACGAUAACCAUAAGGUUGCAGAUCAUUGUCAUCUCUCUGGAAAAUACCGACAAGCUCUAUGUAAUACCUGCAACCUCAAGCUUCAAGCACCAAAAUUUGUCCCUAUAUUUUUCCACAAUUUAUCCAAUUAUGAUGCGCACCUAAUAGUAACAGAACUGGGUCACGACACGCAAGCUAUUAACGUUAUUCCUAAUAGCGAGGAGAAAUAUAUAUCUUUCUCGAAAUACGUAUCAAAUACAUUCAGCAUGCGUUUCAUAGACACGUUUAGAUUCAUGGCAUCAAGUUUAUCUUCACUGUCCAAAAAUCUUGUAACACCGGGACUGGAGAACUUUAGAGAAACCGCUAAACAUUUUGUCGCCGGAGAUAUGCCGCUCGUGACUCGUAAAGGGGUGUACCCGUACGAGUACACAGAUAGUUGGAGAGGAAGAUUUCGAGCACGCGAAGUUGGUCUGGGACCACUUUGGUUGUACGACGCUCGGAGAUUACAGUGA